AGGAUCUUUUGUGUGGCGUAUUUCAACUCAGCUCAUACGCCAAAAUCACCUUUAAGAGCAAAAAAAAACUUCGGUUGAUCCAGCUUACCGAUUAAACUAACCCUGUGUCACAAGAAGCACCUACCUCACUGGAAGCCCCCUCCCCCCAGCGCUCAUUACCAUUCCUACGAAAUAUUAUAAACAUGUCCAUAUCCGCAAUCAGCGUUGGAGACGUCCAUCGAAUCACAUCAGGGCAGGUGAUAAUCGACCUCACCUCGGCCGUCAAGGAACUCGUCGAGAACGCCAUCGAUGCCCAUGCCACCAGGGUUGAUAUCGUGUUUAAAAACCAUGGAAUCAGUGCCAUCGAGGUUUCAGAUAACGGGGACGGGAUUCCUACGUCGGACCACGCCAGCAUCUGCCUUAAACACACCACCUCGAAACUUACAACCUACGAGGAUUUGGCCCAUGUGGCAACGUUUGGCUUUCGCGGGGAGGCUAUGAGCUCCUUGUGUGCCAUUGCUGACGUGCAGGUUACGACUAACACCGAUCCCAGGAUUCCCCGUGCGGCAAAACUUGAGUUUGACCGUUUGGGAAACCUUUCCGCGAGCUCCGUAGUUUCCGCCACCAAAGGGACGUCCGUAUAUGUGUCCAAUUUGUUUGAAAACCUCCCGGUGAGACGGAAAGAUUUCAUGAAAAACGCCAAGCGCGAGCAUCAGAAGGCGAUGGCGAUUCUCCAGGCGUAUGCGAUUAUUAACACUGGCGUGCGGUUCACAUGCCACCAUGUAACCGAGAGGGGCAAGAAGACGCUUCUGUUUUCCACCGCGGGAAACACCCUCAAAGGUAAUUUGAUCAACGUGUAUGGUUCCAACGGAAUGCUGGGACUCAUACCGUUGGACCUCACACUUGAUAUCGCGAAAUUCAAGGUGAAAGGCGCGGUGGGAAGACCGGAAAUUACUUUCGUGGGGUUUAUCUCAAACUGCUCGUUUGGUCAGGGGCGGUCAGCGGGCGAUAGACAGCUUUGGUACAUCAACAAGCGGCCUGUGAAUCUCCCCCAGUUUCUGAAGGUCAUGACUGAGGUUUACCGGUCAUUUAACAACGUGCAGUUUCCAGUGCUCAUCCUCAACAUGGAAAUCGACCCUGAAGCGUUGGAUAUCAAUGUGACUCCCGAUAAGCGCACCGUUUUUGUUAGCAACGAGAGUGUGGUUCUCGAGGAGUUGCGUGAACGUGUGUAUGAGAUGUAUCUGAUGCUGGGGAACGUGAUACCGAGGAUCCAGACCACCGGAUUGCAAAUGAGCGGCGGGAAAGGUCCAGCCUUCGGGGACAUCGUGUCGACGAUGAGAACGAGAGAAAAGUUUUCAGUAAUUGAUAGAUCCCAGUCUGAUACUGAACUCAGUGACCACGAGAGGCUCGACAGCCUCACAGACCUUGACAAAUUCCGGAGCUUGCUUCUCACGCCCACCCCGACGUCGCAAACCACCAGCCUCGAAACACCCACGAUGGUGAUGAAUGUGGGCGAGCAGCAGUUUGUCACAAUGGUGGCCAAGACCCGGGGUGGAAUCCAGUUUACCCCAGAGAUCGAGCUUGAUGCGGAUUCGGCACCAAAGGAAGACCCCUUAUUUGCGGCCGAAGAAGAAAGCGAUGACCAAGGAAGUUGCUGUUCUUAUGGGCACGGGGAGAAGAAGGCAGAGGGGGUUCCUCUUAGUAAUGAAACUCAGAAAAAUGUGUUGUUACCUUUACAGGAAUUGACUAUGCCCGACGGCGGCCCUCCCGAUGUAAAGUUGGAAGACGCUGAUUUUAAGAUUCCCUCGUUGAUUUCUAUUGCUCCGACUAAGAGAUUAGGGGUUUUGACCUUUAGAUCUAGCAAACUCAUCCACAACCUCAAGACAGGCAUUAAGGUGAAUCCGGCGGAAUGCGUCCCGAUAAUUAAUGCAAAAUCACUUAUGGAGCGCGCGGCUCCUUUGGACGACAAGGAGGUGAGGGAUGUUGCGAUAGAUGCAGUGGAAGCGGAGAAAAUGCUCACGUUGAUGGUGGCAAAAGACGACUUUUUACAUAUGAAUAUCAUCGGUCAGUUCAAUUUGGGGUUUAUCAUUGUCACCAGGAAGAAGCAAGAUAGUGACGCCACGGACCUCUUCGUGAUUGACCAACAUGCCAGUGACGAAAAAUACAACUUCGAAACGUUACAGAAGACAACCGUUUUUCAGAGCCAGCCACUUGUUAUUCCGCGCGACUUGGAAAUGAACGCCAUUGACGAGUUGGUGGUGAUGGAUAACGUUGCGGUGUUUGAGAAGAAUGGGUUUCGGUUGAAGGUCUGGGAAGACCGCCAUCCAGGUAGCCGCAUCCAGCUUCUCUCGUUACCGAUGUCUAAAAAUACGGUUUUUGAUCUUAAUGAUUUCGACGAAUUGCUUUACUUGUUGAAAGAGGCGUCUGAUUCCUCGGACAGAGUGAAACGGUCUCUCAGAUGCUCCAAGAUCAGAGCCAUGUUUGCCAUGAGAGCCUGCCGCAGCAGUAUCAUGGUUGGAAGACACUUGAAGCGAGGGACGAUGGUGCAGGUUGUACGCAACUUGGGCGAGCUUGAUAAACCGUGGAAUUGUCCACACGGGAGACCCACAAUGAGGCAUUUGAUGGAGAUGAGCAACCGGACCCUGUUCAUGGAGGAUUACGCCAGUUGA